GUUUAACAAAUAACAAAAAGUCGUGUGUAUUUUUGUAUUAACGAAUAGUUAGGUAGGUUGUCAAAAUUAGGGUUUGGAAAAUGUUGAACUUGCGCCGAAUUGCAGGAGGUUCUCUUCAUCUUUGGAAGAGAGAGAUGAAGAUUGAUACGCCUAUGAGAAUAAUGGCUUCGUUUUCUUCUUCUACUGAGAACGCGACUCCUCCAUUGACGACAGGAGACAGAGCUUCUUCUCCUUCUGCUGCUCAUGAGAGUGCGAAUAGUAGUAUUUUCAAGAAGCUGGGGUCUCUUAUCAGUGAGACCUUAGAUUUUAUCAUGAAGGAGGAAGAGAAGAAAGGUGUUUCCGUCUCUCAUGAAGAUCUCGUCAGUUGGGCAAAGCAACUUGACAAGGAAGGCAAACGUGAAUAUGCACUCGAGAUCUUUAUGUGGAUGGAUAAAAAGAAGAUGAGUUUUUCUACCUCAGAGCUUGCACUUUUUGUGAAUGUCAUUGCUAAGACGAGAGGCUUAGAUGAUGCUCACGCCUACUUGAAGAAAGUAGACCCAGACUGCGACCGAAUGGACCAACCUAACAAGAAUUGGCCUGCUUACGUGUCUCUCCUGCGUUUGGAGACUGAGCUUUUAAAGAAACGCGGGAUAGUUCGAGCUGUUCGCCCCCUCGCUGUCGCAAGUGAAUGAUUAACUAUUAGUUUGGUGUGUGUGUGUGCGCGCUUUCUUAUGUACUCUUUUGCCUUCUCUUUUCAUCUCUUGUCGAAUAUCUCUUCAUGUUAUAAGCCUCUGAAUUAUGCAUCUCUUCUUAAUUGUGUGACCUCUUCAUAUGUUUUGCUCUGAAAUAACAAUAUGCCUCUGAAUUUGACAUUUUGUCAUGUGU